AUUAGUUUUCGUAGCAGACGAAAUUGACUCGUGUGUUACUGAUUUCUAAUCUAAAGAAUUAUCCUAACAUACCUAAUAUUCCUAUCUCCAAAUGUCUAGCUAUCGAAAUGUGUUAAAGUCUUAUCAGAAGACUCAUCGAGAGAGAGGACAGCUUGAAUCCAGAAAACACUUAGGAUUUCUUGAAAAGAAAAAGGAUUAUAAGAUUAGAGCAAAUGAGCGAGCUAAAAAAGAAAAAAUUAUAAAGACCUUAAAAAAUAAGGCAUUGGAUAAAAAUCCUGAUGAAUUCUAUUUUAAUAUGAUAAAUAGCAAAGUGAAAUCUGGAAUCCAUGAAGCAAAAGAUGAAGAGAAAACAUAUACUGACGCUCAACAUAAAUUAAUGAAUACACAGGAUUUAGGUUAUGUUAAAUAUAAGCAUACUUCAGAAAAAAAAAAAAUUGAGCAAUUAAAAAGUAGUAUGCAUUUCCUCGAUGUUGAAAAACCUAAUAAACACAUUGUCUUUGUCGAUUCAAAAACAGAAGAGAGAGAAUUUGACCCUGUCAAGUAUUUUGAUACUCAUCCUUCGCUUGUUGAUAGAAGUUUUAAUAGGCCAAAAAUGAGCACUCUAGAGAAGCCUAUAAAUAUUGGAGAAAAAGCAAUCUUAAGAACUACUGAUAAACGAAUCAAAACUUACAAAGAGUUAGGUCAGAGAUUGGAUAGAGAGAAAGAAUUAAGAGUCAUUCAAGAUAAACUCUCUGUAAAGAAACGAUUACUGAUGGUAGGGAAAAUAGAUUGAUUUGUAUGUAAAUCCUUUUUUUAAAUAUGCUCUCGUUUGUUUUAGGAAAAGAAGACAAAGAAAAUAAAGAUUAAAGGAGAAAGCAAAACAAGUGCAGCUGUUUAUAAAUUGAAAGCUAAACGUAAACGUUAAAAAGUUAUCUUGAAUUUAGCUCUAUUCUUUUGUUAUACAAUUAAUUCAAAGUUAUUUUUAUCUUUUUUUGUUAACCUUCUUGUAUUUCUUCGUCUUCUUCGUAUUCCCCCUCUUCAUCAGCAGUAGCAUCCUGAUACUGCUGAUAUUCAGAUACAAGAUCGUUCAUGUUUGACUCAGCUUCAGUGAAUUCCAUUUCAUCCAUGCCUUCACCUGUAUACCAAUGAAGAAAAGCUUUUCUUCUGAACAUAGCAGUAAACUGCUCAGAAACUCGUUUGAAUAGUUCUUGAAUGGCAGUUGUAUUCCCAACAAAUGUUGCGGCCAUUUUCAGACCUCUAGGAGGUAUGUCACAAACAGCAGUUUUUACAUUAUUUGGUAUCCAUUCGACAAAGUAACUGCUGUUCUUAUUCUGAACAUUAAGCAUCUGUUCAUCUACUUCUUUCAUAGACAUACGACCUCUGAAGAGGGCUGCUACGGUUAAGUAACGACCGUGGCGUGGAUCGCAAGCAGCCAUCAUAUUCUUAGCAUCAAAUAUUUGUUGGGUUAGUUCAGGAACAGUAAGGGCUCUAUAUUGUUGACUUCCUCUUGAUGUCAACGGAGCAAAUCCAGGCAUAAAAAAAUGCAGUCUUGGGAAGGGUAUCAUAUUGACCGCCAAUUUUCUUAGAUCAGCAUUUAAUUGGCCAGGGAAUCGUAGGCACGUAGUAACACCUGACAUAGUUGCUGAAACUAAAUGAUUCAAAUCACCAUAAGUUGGAGUGGUGAGCUUCAAAGUUCUAAAACAUAUAUCAUAUAAAGCUUCAUUAUCAAUACAAUAUGUUUCAUCUGUGUUUUCAACUAGCUGGUGAACGGAAAGUGUAGCAUUAUAAGGUUCAACGACAGUAUCAGAAACCUUUGGAGAGGGCACGACUGAGAAAGUAUUCAUAAUUCUAUCAGGAUAUUCCUCCCUGAUUUUAGAAAUUAGAAGAGUUCCCAUUCCUGAGCCAGUUCCCCCACCUAACGAAUGGGUCAUUUGAAAUCCUUGCAAGCAGUCACAACUCUCUGCCUCUUUCCUAACAAUAUCCAAAAUGGAAUCAACCAGCUCUGCUCCUUCAGUAUAGUGACCUUUAGCCCAAUUAUUUCCUGCUCCGCUUUGACCAAAAAUGAAAUUAUCCGGCCUAAAAAUUUGUCCAAAAGGACCAGACCGAACAGAAUCCAUAGUUCCUGGUUCUAGGUCAACCAAGACUGAUCGGGGUACAUACUUUCCACCUUAAGAAGCUGGAAUUAGUAAAAUCAACAGAAAGAGUAAACUUUACCAGUAGCUUCAUUGAAAUAGACAUUAAUCCUCUCCAAUUGUAAAUCAGAAUCUCCAUGAUAACUUCCAGUUUGAUCGAUACCGUGCUCAUCAGAAAUAACCUCCCAGAACUGAAACAAAAGUAAAAUAUAGCUAAAAUAAAUGGCUUGAGCAGAAGUAUUGAAUUACCUUAGCUCCAAUCUGGUUUCCACAUUGUCCAGCUUGAAUACUAACGAUUUCUCUCAUUUUUUUUUACUUUAUUGUUUUUUUCAGUAUCACUUAUUUAAAACAAAAUUAAAAAUGAUUUAAAAUAUGUAACGUCAAUAACAUGUCAUAUUUUUCAAAUAGAAUAAAAUAUGUUAAGUACACAUAGGGGGGCGCUGAUAGUUAUCAUUUGACGCAUUUCUAAUCCAUUGAUAAGCAUAUAUUCACUAAACACUUUAAUAAUAGUCAGGUUUUCUUUUAAAAAUAGUGAAUCUAUUUUUAGCAGUUUUCUUAUAUAUCAAUGAUUUUAUGCAAAUUCAAAAGUCUAUUUAUGCCAACUAUGCAUCAUGUUGUGAGAUGGAUGAUGUAUUUGAGACGGAGGAAGAGAUUGAUCGACAUCUGGCAAGGGUGAAUCUUGAAAGGGGCUUGAGGUAUAUCCAUUAUUGUACAAGAAAAGUCUUUUUGACAUUUCGAAGGACAUAAACAUGAUACCGGCAUAUGGCAUGACUUUGAUAAGAUUUGCAGUUGUUCCAUUCCAUAGGGCUAAUACACCUUUAGAUCGGACUGUUUGAACAAAUCCAUCAAUCAUACCAUUAAAAUGAACAUCUGGUCCCGCUCCCUCAAUAAAUUUCGACUGAGCUUGCAAUUUUUUUCUUAUGGUGUCAAAAGGAUAAGAAAGGGUUUGAGCAAAAGCACCAGCCAAACAACCAUCAAUGAAAUUCUCGAGAGGCGUCAUUUGUGACUUGGGUUUUUUCCAGGCUUUUUCCAAUAUCUCAUAAGCCAUGAAAGUUGCUCCAGCGAAUGGUAUAACUCCAAUAAUUGACGUACCCAUACCUUUGUAUAAACUUAGAGCUCCUUCCUCAGCUGCUAUAACUUUGAAAGCGUGUACAAUUCCUUUGUAUUUUGCUUUUGAAAGAUCAGCGUGCUGAGCUGUCAAUCUUGUUUUUACCAUAUCCAUAGGAUAUGUUGCAAUGACCGCCACAACGCCUCCUGCAGAUCCAGCUACCAUUGCAUUGAUUGGGGAUAUUUUUCCAUUUUUAUCAGACAACACAUUCUUAAAUUUUUCAUAAGCAGCAAAUUGAAGAGCAUAGUAAGGAAAUCCUCUGAGAGAAGCAAUAGCAUUUCCUUUCCAAAAUGCUCUGAUUCCUUCAUUUUUAUACUGAUUGACAAAUGUUGAAAGCAUUCCACUCCUUGCGUCUCCAAUUCCAACUUGUUGAAGUGUUUUUACAACAUCUAAGGGUGAACAUACGGUCCUGCAUAUAACGCCGGCGUUGCCACCGCAUAUUAAGUUUUGAGUAAAUGUUAAUCUGUUGUCCUUCGGCAUAACCACAAAUAUGAGAUAGCCGCUCUUAUUUACUGACCUUCUUCACAACAAUGUGACUGAACGAAGGUUACUA